UUUCAGCUUGAAGUUGAAGUUGGAACGCUUAUCGUGCAGUUUCGCCUCACUCACACUGCAACUCCGAACAUGCUUAACAAUGGCGUGUGCAGUCUCCGCACGUGCCUCCGUUUCCCGGAGAGUCCCCUAUUCCUAGCUCCGCCGCGCUCGUUCUGUUGCCGGCGGCGGUUUUUGGUUGCUGCAUCCGAGGCCAAGAAGAAAGAGAAGGUGAUUGUGAUUUCUGGACCCACCGGUUCCGGCAAGAGCCGCCUCGCAUUGGAACUCGCGAAGCGCCUCAACGGAGAAAUCGUCAGUGCCGAUUCCGUUCAGGUGUAUCGGGGUCUUGAUGUUGGAUCUGCAAAGCCUUCCCCAAACGAAAGAAAGGAGGUACCGCAUCAUCUGGUUGAUAUCCUGCACCCAUCUGAAGAUUAUUCUGUUGGGCAGUUUUUUGAGGAUGGGAGGCAAGCUACAAGAGGUAUUCUUGACAAAGGCCGUGUUCCCAUAGUUGUCGGGGGCACUGGAUUGUAUUUAAGAUGGUUCAUAUAUGGAAAGCCAGAUGUACCUAAAGCCUCUCCAGAGAUUACAUCUGAAGCACAUCAUGAGUUAGCUGAACUACAGAGGAAGGAAGACUGGGAUACAGCUGUGCAAUUGGUGGUUAAAGCUGGUGAUCCAAAAGCCCAAUUUCUAACAGUGAAUGAUUGGUACCGAUUACGGCGUAGCCUAGAGAUUAUUAAGUCUAGUGGAUCACCUCCUUCUGCUUUUCGGGUACCAUAUGAUUCUUUCAGGGAACAGGGUGAAUAUAGUGUUGGUGAUGGUUCUGAGUCAUCUGAUAAGAACACUUAUGGUGAUGCAGUGGAAGAAACCAAUUCAUCAGAGUUAGACUACGAGUUUAUAUGUUUUUUCCUUUCUAGCCAAAGACUUGACCUCUAUAAAUCAAUUGAUUUUCGAUGUGAAGAUAUGCUAUUAGGAAGGGAUGGGAUUUUGUCCGAGGCUCAAUGGCUUCUUGAUAUGGGUCUUCAUCCAAACUCCAAUUCUGCAACAAAAGCAAUUGGUUACAGACAAGCAAUGGAGUACUUACUAAACUGCAGAGAGCAAGGGGGUGAAAGUUCUGUCCGAGAAUUUUACAAAUUCUUGUCUGAGUUUCAAAAAGCAUCACGGAAUUUUGCAAAAAGGCAGUUGACAUGGUUUCGCAAUGAACAUAUAUACCACUGGCUUGAUGCUUCUAAAUCUAUGGAAACCAUUCUCAACUUCAUCCAUGGUGCAUACCAUGAUUGGAAUGGAAGUCUUCUUGUGCCUGAACACCUAAGAAUGUCUAGAGAUAUUUCUAAUCGCAAAGAAGCCACACAAAUUAAGUCUUACCGCACCAAAAAUAGGCAUUUUGUGAACGGGGAAGAUUGUUCUCCUAUUCUGAACUGGAUAAAGAAGACUCAGAGGUGAAGGGAUGAAUUUAUUAUUAUUUUUUUUCAUUCCCUUGUACUGGCCUUAAAUUUGAAAUUACAGAGGAAUCUAACUAAAAUUUUCAGGUUAUAGAGAAAGUUUUGUUUUUAUUGCCGUUUUUUUUGUUACAUCCUUUGGUCAGCUAUAAUGUGAUAUCUUAAUCUUAUUGAUAGAAUGCUGUAACAACAGCUGAACUUGUAAGCUAGUAAUUUCGUUCUUCCCUUUAACUUGCAAGCCAGGAACUUUGCUGAUUUUACUUUUUAUUGAAGUUUAAUGAAUUUUUAAGCAUUCAUUGAA